AUGUUUGUGAUAAAAAGGAACAAUAACCACAUGUGUCUUAAGACUCAACACUUAAAAUUCGUCGAUAUCACAAACUAUCUGGCUCCGGGAUUUAGUUACGAACAGUUUCUCAAAGCGUACGAGUGCUCCCAGACCAAAGGCUACUUCCCGUACGAGUGGGUCGACUCCCUCGACAAACUCAAUCAUUGCUCCUUUCCAGCACGCGAAACCUUCUAUUCCACUCUAUCCGGAACCGACAUCACCGAGGAAGAGUAUGAGUAUUGCCAGGGUGUAUGGGACGAACAGAAUAUGACAGCUUUCCGCGACUUUCUCGUGUGGUAUAACAACCUUGAAGCAAUUGAUAAAAUAAGCAAUUUCUGGCAAGAAAGGAACAUUGAUAUGUUUAAGGACGGUGUGAGUGUGCUUGGCUUAACUAUGAAAUAUUUAUUUUCAAACAUUCCAGGCACCUACUUCUCCUUGUUCAGCGAGAAGGACAAGGAUAUGUAUUAUUCAAUGAAGGAUAAUAACGUAGGGGGCCCCAGCAUUAUCUUUAACAGGUACCACGAGAAAGAGAAAUCAUCCAUACGGAAGGAAGAAAUGCGAGCCAGAGGAAAAGAAUCGAAAUCCUGCAAGAAUGUAGUUGGUUACGAUGCCAAUGCGCUCUACUUGUGGGCCAUCAUGCAAGACAUGCCAACGUGA